CAGGGUACCGCUAGGCAGUUGUGCGAUAGCCGUCCGGCACAAAGUAUCCGGAAUGAACUUGUGUCGCUGUUGGAGGGAUUCAAUUUUUUGGUGAGCCUCCUCGCGACUGGUUGAGCUUCGUGUUAGGAUAUUUUCCCAUGGUGCACGUCCAUCACGAGGAUCAUGGCUGAACUCCGUGUGCAAGGUGAUCUGUGCCUCCGGCUGAAUCUCCUCGCGAAAUCGACUUGAUUGCGCCGUGAUCUCUCCGGCGAUUCAAUGCUCUGUCUUCUCAAAAUGGAUCUUCCCCCGUUGGGAGUGUUCGUCUUGAUUUCGGCGAUACAUGUAAUUUCAAAUAAGGCCGUAUUGACUUUCGAAGGUUUCGUGUAUCCUGCGGUGUUUCUCAGGUUUUUUCUCAGCUGGCAAGCCCUGUGUGCAGCGAUCUCGCUGGCCCGCGUGGUGCUUCGCACACGACGCCAGACCCGUUGCACCAAUCAGCUGCUCCAUGGCGUGCUCCUGAUACUGCCUCUGAUCACUCUGUACACUUACACUGGCUCCAAGGCUCUCGCAGAACUGCCCGUCCCGAUAUUCCUGUCCCUGCAGUGCGCUGUCCCUCUAUUUUCAUGGGGAAUCGAAGCUGUCCUCCUCCAGGAGGAAAAGGGUCACCAGAGAUGCCUGUCGCAGCUAUCGAUAUUCAUCAUGGCAAUUUUCUCCGUGGCUUCGAUUCUACUCAGCGUUCCUUCCCCGUAUUCCGAGGGUGUUUCUUGGAUGAGCGUCCAUGUGUUGGCUUCGGUCAUUGUCAGACUCCUGGAGGUCAAUGGCGUGAACCAAUGUGUCAAAGCAAACGCACCCUUGCGUGACCUGACUUACCACUGUUCUGUUCUGAUACUGUUGACAUCGACGAGUCUCAUGGCCGGCGACUACUUUCACGUGUUUCACGCGCCGCACUUCAGUCGUCCCUCGUUCUGGCUAACAUUUGUCGCAAGCGGGGCCAGCAUCGCGUUCCUCGCGACAAGAGGCUCUAGCCCCUUCGAAUCGAGUCUCUCCCGCGUAUUCACGGCAGGGCUGAGUUUCUUCCUCCUAAAACUACCAGAGGAUAUUCCUGUAGAGAUAACUAUUUGGAUGGUGCUGCUGUUCUUGUGCCUACUGAAGCUGAACUGGGGUCCUCCGAAAGCUCGGCCCGUCUGUCCGCAUGAUAAGUUCCGGAGCAUGGCGCAUAGACAGAAUCUGAGCGAUUGCCAGUUCCAAGCGAUCAUUUGAUAUGGUUCCGACUUCGAUGGAUUUGUAAAUACAUUGUGAAUAGAAUUCGUGCAUAGACGAAAUGAUUUAGACU